CAUUGUCCCGCCCUACUCCUGCCAAGAUUUCAGGAAAAAGAACCUACUCUAUUUUGUACCGCCCCAUGUCUGCCAUGUAAGGCGCGUCUGCCCAAAUCUGGCGGACAAUCGGCAGCUGCGGCUCGUUUGCUUGUUCUCUGUCUCUCUCUCUUUCUCUCGUCCGUCCCGUCCCUUUGAUGAUAUGGUACAGCCACUUCCGCUCUCUUGCUAGAAGCAGUGCGAUCAUGGCGGAGCGCGGUCAGCAGCCCCCCGCUAAACGGCUCUGCUGCAGAUCCGGGUAUAGCCCGAGCUGCAGAUCGGGUCAGCGGGUUGGAGCAGCUUGUGGUAGUAAUUCUGGAGGAAUGCCAGGGGGAUCGGGCAAGACGCAGAGUCCGGAAUCCUUACUGGAUAUCGCAGCUCGCAGGGUGGCCGAGAAGUGGCCAUUUCAGCGGGUGGAGGAACGAUUUGAGCGGAUUCCUGAGCCUGUGCAGCGCCGUAUCGUGUACUGGUCGUUUCCUAGGAGUGAACGGGAGAUCUGCAUGUAUUCGUCCUUCAACAUCGCCGCUGUGGGCGAAGAGAGCGCUGGCACCGGCGAGGGCAAUGGAAGCGGUGGCAGCGGAGGAGCUGGGGUGGACGAGACGCGACUUCCCUUUAGACGGGGGAUAGCCUUACUAGAGAGCGGCUGUGUGGACAACGUGCUGCAAGUCGGCUUCCACCUCAGUGGCACGGUGAUGGAACCUGCAACGCAGUCGGAACCAGAAGCUAUUUGCAAUGUUGCCAUCAGCUUUGACCGCUGCAAGAUUACCUCUGUGACCUGUAGCUGUGGAAACAAGGACAUAUUUUACUGUGCUCAUGUUGUGGCCCUCUCCCUUUACCGCAUCCGGAAACCAGAUCAAGUCAAACUACAUCUUCCUAUUUCAGAGACACUAUUUCAGAUGAACAGAGACCAGUUACAGAAGUUUGUACAGUAUUUGAUUACAGUGCACCACACCGAGGUUUUACCAACCGCUCAGAAACUAGCAGACGAAAUUCUGUCACAGAACUCUGAAAUCAAUCAAGUGCAUGGUGCUCCUGACCCUACGGCAGGUGCUAGCAUUGACGAUGAGAACUGUUGGCACUUGGAUGAGGAGCAGGUCCAGGAACAGGUUAAACUCUUCCUCUCCCAGGGAGGUUAUCACGGGUCAGGGAAGCAGCUCAACCUUCUCUUUGCAAAGGUGCGAGAGAUGUUGAAGAUGAGGGACUCGAAUGGAGCCCGCAUGUUAACGCUAAUAACAGAGCAGUUCAUGGCUGAUCCUCGCUUGUCUCUGUGGCGGCAACAAGGCACUGCAAUGAAUGAUAAGCACAGGCUGCUCUGGGAUGAACUAGGUGCCCUGUGGAUGUGCAUUGUCUUGAAUCCCCACUGCAAGCCGGAGCAGAAGGCAGGCUGGCUACGGCAGCUGAGGAAAUGGAACAGCGUGGAUGUUUGUCCCUGGGAAGAUGGAAACCAUGGCAACGAGCUGCCCAAUUUAACCAAUGCAUUGCCUCAGGGUGUAAAUGGCAACCAAGAGCCGCCAAGCAGACCUCAUCGGACAGUGUUCACAAGAGCCAUUGAGGCAUGCGAUCUCGACUGGCAGGACAGCCACUUACAACACAUCAUCAGCAGUGACCUCUGCACCAACUACUGUUACCAUGACGACACAGAAAACUCCCUGUUCGACUCACACGGGUGGCCCCUCUGGCAUGAGCAUGUCCCUACAGCUUGUGCAAGGGUGGAUGCUUUGAGGUCUCAUGGGUACCCCAGAGAGGCACUGAGAUUAGCAAUAGCUAUUGUCAGCACACUGAGGCGACAGCAGCAGAAACAGCUGGAACUUUUCCGGGUUCAGAAAAAAGAACUCCUUCAUAGAGGCAUAACCUCAAUAACCAACCUGGAAGGCUGGGUGGGUCACCCGCUGGACCCGAUCGGCACACUUUUCAGCUGCCUUAUGGAAGCUUGUCGGGUAGAGGAUGACAGCUGCAGUGGAUUUCCUGACUUCGCAGAAUGCAUUGGACAGGCAAAAUCUGCAGAUUUCCAGCACCACCAUGUGCACAAGUUUCUAGAAGAAGGUGAAUCCUACCUAACCUUGGCUGUGGAGAUUGCGCUGAUAGGACUCGGCCAGCAGCGUAUUAUGCCAGAAGGUCUCUACACCCAAGAGAAGGUGUGUCGAAAUGAGGAGCAACUCAUUUCAAAGCUGCAGGAGAUUGAGCUUGACGACACACUAGUGAAAAUCUUCAGAAAACAAGCAGUCUUCCUAUUAGAAGCCGGGCCAUAUAGUGGUUUAGGUGAAAUUGUCCAUCGAGAAAGUGUUCCAAUGCACACAUUUGCCAAGUAUCUUUUCACAUCCCUCCUACCUCAUGAUGCUGAAUUGGCGUACAAAAUUGCACUGAGAGCUAUGCGGUUACUUGUAUUGGAGUCGACAGCACCGACCGCAGAUAUGUCUCGCUCACACCACAUUGCAUCCGUUGUCCCAAACCGAUAUCCUCGCUGGUUCACACUUAGUCAUAUUGAGUCUCAGCAGUGUGAGUUGGCUUCUACCAUGCUAACGGCAGCCAAAGGUGACGUACGGAGGCUUGAAACAGUGUUAGAAUCCAUCCAGAAAAAUAUUCAUUCUUCUUCACACAUCUUUAAGCUUGCACAGGAUGCAUUUAAAAUUGCCACCCUCAUGGACAGUUUACCAGACAUCACUCUUCUCAAAGUUUCGUUGGAGCUGGGCCUUCAGGUGAUGAGGAUGACAUUGUCGACCUUAAACUGGCGCCGUCGUGAGAUGGUGAGAUGGUUAGUCACCUGUGCAACAGAAGUUGGGGUUUAUGCGUUAGACAGCAUUAUGCAGAGUUGGUUUACACUGUUCACACCAACAGAGGCCACCAGUAUUGUUGCUACAACAGUGAUGUCCAACAGCACAAUUGUCCGGUUACAUCUGGACUGCCAUCAGCAGGAAAAAUUGGCCAGCAGUGCUAGGACGCUUGCACUCCAGUGUGCCAUGAAGGACCCUCAGAACUGUGCUCUUUCUGCACUAACUUUAUGUGAAAAGGAUCACAUAGCUUUUGAGACUGCUUACCAAAUAGUUUUAGACGCUGCUACUACAGGCAUGAGUUACACGCAGCUUUUUACCAUAGCAAGGUAUAUGGAGCACCGUGGUUACCCCAUGCGGGCGUACAAGUUGGCUACUUUAGCCAUGACACAUCUCAACCUGAGCUAUAAUCAGGACACACACCCUGCCAUUAACGAUGUUCUGUGGGCAUGUGCACUCAGUCACUCCCUUGGGAAGAAUGAGCUUGCCGCUGUAAUACCUCUGGUAGUCAAAAGUGUUAAAUGUGCAACAGUACUGUCAGACAUUUUACGCCGCUGCACGUUGACCACACCUGGUUUGGUGGGACUUCAUGGAAGGAGGAACUCUGGAAAGUUAAUGUCACUGGACAAAGCCCCUCUUAGGCAGCUUCUGGAUGCCACAAUUGGGGCGUAUAUUAAUACGACACACUCACGGCUCACACACAUCAGCCCUCGACAUUACAGUGAAUUCAUAGAAUUCCUCAGCAAGGCCCGAGAGACCUUUCUAAUGGCUCACGAUGGACAUAUCCAGUUUACACAGUUUAUUGACAACCUAAAACAAAUAUACAAAGGCAAAAAGAAACUGAUGAUGUUGGUCCGUGAGCGGUUUGGUUGAUGAACGAGGGAGUGAUUUAUUUUUACUUGAGCCUGCCUUUGUACCCUUUUUAACUUAAAAAAGAAAAGAAAAAUGUAACAAAAAAAGAAAAAAAACAGAGCCACACCGGUAUUAUGUGUAUAGUUAUAUUUAGUUUGCAAACAAAAUUGUCAUGUUGUGAAAGUGUGUUUUGUUAAUUUUUUUGUAUGUGUGUGAGUGAGAGAGGUUUUCAAAAAGGUUUGGUUUACACUGAGUAUAUGUUGUCAAGUGGCAAAAGCCCACGUAGCUCUCCUGUUCUUUCUGUAUAUUGUUCACAGCCUCAAAAGAUAUUAAUGGCUUUAAAAACCAAACACAGACACCUCCAUCCUAAGUGAUAAGUACCUCGUAUGGAUUCAGCUUUACUCCUUUGUAAUUCACCCUUAUGUUUUAGCAUAUUUAAAUAACACUGACAAAAACCCCAACAUAACUACACGUUGAAGGCUGACCACGUGGCUUUGCAUUGCUGUUAAUCCAGAAGCAUGGCACACGGUGCUUGUGCAUGUGGAAACUUAGCGACUGUCAACAUACAUUCUCAGGGAUUUAACGGAAAAAAGAAAGAAUGAUAGCAUUUAUUGUACUGUAUAUAUUAUAGUAUAUGUCUGAAUAUUGAAAAAGUAUAACGUUAACUAAUUUAUAAAAGAAUAUUCUAUGUAAUGCAAAAUACUUGAAGCUGCAGUAGCUUGGUUAUUAAAAACAUAUCGGAAGGACUAAUGUGCGCCUUGCUUCAGGGUUGGCUCAGGUGGUGAAUUAUAUGCUGGGCAUCUAUGCAGAGCCACCUCUUCAACUGCAUGGUUGGACUGAUAUCUAUUGAUAUGAAAUAUAUGCUUGUAACAGGCACUGUAGGAAAGAGGGACAACAAAAACAUACAGCCAGAGCAAGCCUUAGCAUUAACAUUCAUUAUGCCAGAUUCGGCCUUUGUGCCUCCUAGCCUAGAAAACUUAAAAUACAUAAAAAAAUAAAGAAAAACACAUUGUAUUUCUUGAGUGAAAGAAAUGUGUUUUACAUAAGAAAUUGACGUGAUACAUUACGCCUUUGCAGUGAGCUGAUGAUAAGCUAACAUUUGUGCACAAUAACGUAUGUAUAUAUUCUGCAUAGGUAUCUUGACUUUGUGCGGGACAGAAAGUUGUAUAGGUAUGACUGUUCAACCUUUCCGUUUUUGAUUUUAACAUUUUUUUUUUUUAUUUUUAAUUCCUCUAGAAUUCCUCAAAAUGAAAAAAAAAACAGCCUUCUAUCUUGCCUUGUCUUAAUUAAUGCUUUAAAAUAACCAAACUGGAGAUCUAACUACCAAACUGUUCAUUAUAUUAAAAAAUACCAACUUUGGUUACAAAUAUAGUGUCUUUUCUUUAGCUGAAUGGUUCUGUAUCCUUGUGCUUUAUAAAGCAGUUUUUAUGUUUUUGGUGCAAAAAUUGUCUGGUGUCUCUUGUUCCCUUCAUUAGAGAACAUGAUAGAGGUAUGUUUGUAGUUAUUUUUGGUUAGAAAAAAGUUAAUGCUCUCCCAUUUUAUUUAUUAUAAUAGGUAAAAAGAUUGUACUUCAUCACCUGUGUAAACAUGCUCAUGAAGUUGAAAGUAAUUAAGAUUUGAUACACUGAUAUUGAUUUAUUUAUGUAACUAAAUCACUGUUUUAUAAACUUGUUAAUGAUUCAACAAUUUUUGUUUUGAUUAAAAUUAGUUUUUGAAAGGUAA